GUGUGUGUGUGUUUCCCAUUUCUCCUCCCAUUUUCAGUUGCUGAGACCCGAAAGUGGUGGUGGUGUCCGUGUGGUGGUAUCUCCUUCCCUGUGUGCUGUGUCUCCCGUUUUCAUUUGCGGUGUUCACUGUUGUGUUUUCUCAUUUACGGGUGACUUUCCCUGGGAUCCCCUUUACUGCCCUCGUACCCCCUUCUCCGCCACUGGAAACAACAAUUCUGCAUGUCCAGAGAGUCUCUCAGCCGCUGGCCGUCCCAUCCGCACCCAAAACCCAUGUGAUACCAGUCGACUUAUUCAGUCUUUGGAUUGCAGGCAGGACAACAGCGUUUCUGCAGUGCAGAUGUCACGGUUUGGCUCUGCUUCAUGUCUUAUUUUGUAGUUUUUAUGUCUCUUGUGUCCCUGGGUAACUUCACUUCCUGCCUUGUCCUGUGAUUGCCUGAUUGCUUCCACCUGUGUCCAAUCACCUGCACCUCCCUUGUGUAUUUAAGCCCUGUGUGCCUGUUGUCCCUUGUCGCGUCAUUGUCUAUUGUCAGUCGUCGUUGGUGGUGCACGGUCUUCGGUUUUGGUGUAACUAAAGAGCACCUUUGGAAACGCCUGCAUCUGAGUCCUGCCUGCCUUCAACCUGCACCCUCGCUUUGUGACAGCAGACAGAUGAGAGUGAUUGGAGUAAAUUAAAAAUAAAAAGACGACUCUCCACAUAACCAAUGGAUGCUGGGAUACUUAAGAUGACGAAAGAGUGGACAGGGCUGUCCAAAAUGUAGAGCAAACCGGGCUGUGACUGGAAAACGACAGCAGAGUCAUUACAUCGCACGGUGCGCUAGUAUUUUUUUAGUCUUAUAAGGAUUUCAAAAUUAAUUUACCUUAUGUUUUUAAUAAGGGGAAAAUAUUUGAAUCUGUUUAUUCAUUUUUAUUUGUUCUGUUUAUAACUACUUUCUUAUUUCUGUUAUUUUAACUUCCCUUUGGGUUAUUACUUUGAGCAAAGACAAAGGAUGACAAAAUAUACAGUUUGUUUUACAACACAUCCGUCUACAGUAGGAAGAGACAAUUCCUAUGAAGGGAAUGCCAAAGCCAGUACAUUUCUUUGGGUAGGCUACUCUGACGACAGUGAGAAGAAAAAUCUUAAUCUUAAUAUAAGCGGUCCAACCACUGGUGACACAGCGGCCUCUCCAUCUUCCAUCACCUCCACAGCUAGACAGUGGAAGACCAUCAGAAGGAACACCUUCUACAAGCCAGUGUUUUGGAAAAAAGCUUCUUCAUCCUUGAGAAUGAGAAGAAUGCUAAAUGACAAAGGGAGUAUCAACCGUGGCCGGAGCUUGUCCUUCAAUGAGGUGCGUGAACAGCGCCAGGCAGAGAUGCGGGCCACCAGCGGAGGGUCGUCCAACAACACUGUAGGAGGUUGUGGCAGCACCGUCCUGCAGCGUCUCCUGCAGGAGCAGAUGAACUGUAAUUACGUGCUGCAACAACAGAAACAACAACCAGGAGGGGCAGCGGUCGGAGGAGGUUACUCGGGCCAGGGACAGAUAGGCCCCUCUGAUGAUCACUCCAUGAGCCCACACAUUGCCCGUCAGGAGCCCCAGGGACAGGAGCUGCAGACGGACAACUGCAUAGAGAAACUGGGAUCAACCAAAAUAAAGGAGGGUGGGAGCAAUGGAGGUGGUGCAAGCGGCCAAGGGCAGUGCCCAAACCUAGAGGACCUCCCGACGUACGAAGAAGCCAAAGUGCAGUCACAAUACUUCCGUGGGCGUUGUCCUCCUCAGCCUCAGCAGCAGAACAAUCAGCCACAGCAGCCUCCUCCCCCCCCUUCAGUGGGCACUGCCUUCUACGCCACCGGGCUUAGCGGUGCCAAGGUGCGCACCGAUGGUCGUCCGAUGGUGCAGCGAGUGAGUGGAACAGGCAGGGUGCACCAGGAUGAUGGGCUGAAGGAUCUGAAGCAAGGCCAUGUUCGGUCUCUCAGUGAAAGACUGAUGCAACUUUCCUUGGCCACCAGUGGCAUAAAGGCCCACGCUCCUGUCACCAGCGGCCUGCUUUCCCCGCAGCUGCCCCGGCAAGGGUCGCCAGGCGACUACUACAAGCUGCAGCACAGGGGUCCACCUCCAGACUACCCCAACAAAGAAGAGGGCUCUCCUACCAAGCAACAGGAGCCUGGAGGUCAUUUUUUCCAGGAGCAGAAAGGGAGGGAGCACUCAAGGGAGGUGCACCACAUCAGAUACCAGCCCCCGCCCGAAUACGGCUCGUUAAGGUCCAGUAAGGGGAGAUCUGUUUUCAUCCAGAGGCCUCUUCAUCAGCACAGCCCCACCUCCUCGGUCACCUCUUUGGGCUCCUUGUCCCGCACCCAGUCCUCCACCCUAAGCAGCGUGCUCAGUGCAUCCCACUCCUCCCAUUUCUCUUUCCCUAACCAAUACCCUCUCAGCCAGGGAGAUCCCUUCCCUAGUAUGGGGCUCAAUAGUCCGCAGAGUCCCAGCUCCCACCCAGCAGGCAAGCCCUCGAACCUAGGCCCCCUUCAGCUGACACAUCCAAGAACUCUCGGUUUACCUCAUGACAACUACGGCUCUACACCCAGGAUGCAACAUCAGUAUGAACAAUAUCAACAGCAGCAGCAGCAGCAGCAGUUCCAAAGACCUCCCCCUUCAGAGUCCCAGACACAGGUCCAGACUGGACAUUUCCCUCACCCAUACGCCUACUACCCCCUUCAGGGGAAGCCUUUCAACUUGAUGCACGCCCACCAGAUGGUGGAUGCGCUAAACGAGGAGAACAGGAUGCUAAGGCAGGAGAUGGUGGCUUGCCACGAGAAAGUCACAAAGUUGCAGAAAUUGGAAACAGAGAUCCAGCUAGUGUCAGAGGCAUAUGAAAACCUUUCCAAGUCUUCAUCCAAGAGGGAAGCGCUGGAGAAAACCAUGAGGAAUAAACUAGAGCUGGAGUUGCGCCGGCUGCACGACUUCAACAGAGACCUCCGAGAGCGCAUGGAGACAGCCAAUAAGCAGCUCACUGCUAAGGAGUGUGACUGCUCAGAGGACAACCACAAAAUCAUCUCCCAGCUGCUUGUACAGAACAAAGAGACGAUCCGUGAGAGGGAGAAGCUGGAGAUGAAUUUGAAUGCGCUACGUUUUACCACAGAGGACCAGAGAAGAUACAUUGAGAUCCGAGACCAUGCCCUCAACAACGCCCAAGCCAAAGUGGUAAAGCUUGAGGAGGAGCUUAAGAAAAAGCAGGUCUAUGUGGAAAAGGUAGAGAGGAUGCAGCAAGCUCUGGGUCAGCUACAGGGGGCAUGUCAGAAGAGGGAACAACUUGAGCAUCGCCUCCGUAUUCGACUGGAAAGAGAGCUUGAGUCGCUACGCAUGCAGCAGCGACAGGGAGGCACUCAGAGCCGUGGUGCAGUGCCAUCGGAGAACAAUGCAACAGCGCUGAUGGAGCAGUUGAGGGAGAAGGAGGAGCAGAUCCUGGCUCUGGAGGCUGACAUGACCAAAUGGGAGCAGAAGUACUUGGAGGAGAGUGUAAUGAGGCAAUUUGCCCUGGACGUUGCUGCCUCUGUCGCCACUGAGAGGGAUACAUCUAUUGCAGUAAUGAGCCAUUCUCCAAGCAUCAGCUAUGACACAUCGGUGGAGGCUAGAAUCCAGAAGGAAGAAGAAGACAUUCUCAUGGCCAAUCGGCGCUGUCUAGACAUGGAAACCAGAAUAAAGAACCUUCAUGCUCAGAUCAUAGAGAAAGAUGCUAUGAUCAAGGUGCUUCACCAGCGCUCCAGGAAGGAGCCAAUCAAGUCAGAUGCACAAUCUGCCAUGAGGCCCACCAAGUCCUUGAUGUCCAUUUCCAAUACUAGCUCUGGUGGUUCAGGAGUGCUCUCUCACAGCCUGGGCCUCGGUAGCUCCUCCAUCACCAAAGAACGCAAGGACACCAGCUGGAAGGGUAGCCUGUCAGGUCUGCCGGGUUACGAGUCUCUCCGGACAGGGUCAAUUUCAUCAUCUCCCUCACCAGUGCUUCCUUCCACCCCCAUGACUACAGGACAUUCGAAGACAAGCAGCCGGGAUAGUUGCACGCAAACCGAAAAAGGACAGGGUCAGGAAACCAGCAAGCUCAGCACUCCGGGCCUGCAGAGCAUGACGCUGCCUGCUUGCCUGUUGAGCCCCAGCCCUGUCUACAUCCCUGACCGCAUAGCAGAUGUGCCAGUGUUUCAAAGUAAUACCUUGGAACGAAGGCUCCCCCUCCAGUCCCAUCCACAUCAACAGGCCUCUGCUCCAGCCACACCGACCCAACAGGAAGUGGAAAAAGAAAUGGUGGAGAUCCUCAUCUGACCGUGAAUUUGAGGAAAUAAAUAUCUAUCAUCACAGAUCGAGUGACAAACAUUUAAAUCACCCCGCUUUAUCAUCCAGACUUGGAACAUAUUUUGGUGGGUUUAAGAUUCACUGUUUGACUAAUUCAUAUCAAGAAACAUUUUGAUACUCUGGAUGUGCAUUCAGUCCAACACAUGAAGCCUGACCUGAGAUUUUACAUAUUUCCUUCUUUAAAUCAAUCCACUAGUCAAAAGCAUAAAGCUGAAGCCCUAUGUCCCUUUGUGUCUCAUUUUAUCGGCAGUCCCCACAGUUGUGUUAAUAGGACGUUGCCAAUGGAACCUUUAAAUGGAGCAAUUUUAUGAUGCUUUUUGCACCCUUUUUACAAUGAUGAAUUUAGCUGUUUAAGCAUGAGUGAAUUACACAUUAUUGCAAACAAAUACAUUUUUUUAUCAAGUUGACCUGCUAUAAAGCAUACACACAAACAAAUCCCCAAAUACAUUUUUUGCUGAUACAUUUAAAGUGACGGGACCUCUUGACCUGGAAACAGUAAACAAGUUUAAGACAAAACUACAUAUAACCUUGACACAUCAUAGAGAUAUAUAAGCUCUCCAAUAAUGUUUCUAGACGCAGGUUGGACCAAAGAUAUCGGUUAUUGUAUUGUUGCAUAUAUUGCACUACUUUAAGGUUUUUUUGUUUUUUCUAUAUUACUUUAAGAUGUCUGAUACAGUGCUAUUUUUUUAUGUAUGUACUUUAUAUAUAUUUUAUUUACUUUUGCCAUGUACUGUAAUGGCCAGUUUGGAACCAUGGAGGGAUCUGAGGGCUGAGCCUUUGAUCUGUUUCAUUCAUGAUUGAACUUCUGAGUAACCUUUCUGAUAGUAGACAUGUUUUGCUUAAUUAUUAGACGCAGUAGUGCUGUAUUCCACUGGUACAAGAAUCAUAUAUUAGUACCUGUGUUUUUACACUAGUGUUUGCGGCUCCUGUGACUCAUGCAUUACAAAGUAAAGUGGCUACAUCACUGGGUCAGAUACAAUGGCUAGUGGAAUUUACGUCGAAGCGGACACAGCGUGAUCCAGUCUGGUUAGAGGGCUGCUAACUUACUUUGGGGAUGCACAUAUAAAUGGCCCAGCAAUUAGUGUGGACCUUUGCUUCGCUUCCAAUGGCGCCCUCCUGUGGUCCUUGAUGUGAAUAAAGUUCU